GCCGCCGCCGCAGCUGCAGGGCGCGGGGUCGGGUGACGCCGCCGCCGCCGGCCGCAUGGAGCCCCCGGAGGGCGCCCACCCGGGAAAAGGAGUGAAGGAGAUUGAGGUACUCCAGGCUCCCCUGGGUACCUCAGCUCCUGAGCCACGUGAUAGCUGCCACUCACCCGUGCUGGAGGAAGAGGUGGGUGUGCCAACCCCAGCACCAGGGCUCCUACAUGUCACAGAGAAGCGGCAGCCCCUGAGCAGCGUCUCUUCCCUGGAGGUGCACUUUGACCUCCUGGACCUCACCGAGCUGACCGACAUGUCUGACCAGGAGCUGGCCGAAGUCUUUGCCGACUCAGAUGAUGAGAGCAGCGAGUCACCUGCAGGCCUGCAACCUUUUCCCCGGGCCGGCUGUCUGCGCUCUCCUUCCUGGACACGCACCAGGGGUGAGCAGAGCCUCGAGCAGCAGCCCCUCAGCGACCUCAAGCAGCAGCCGGGGAUGGUGGACACUCUUCUCACUGUGGAGAAGCCCCAGGACUAGGCCAAGGCCCCGGCCCAUCCCUGUGGCUCUGCACACUGCACAGACCUCCGCAGCUCAAGGCUGGAGGCUCUGGCCCAGCACCCGCACGGCCAGUGGCCUUUCUGGGGCCCUGCGUCAGGGCCAGCCAUGCCCAAGGAUGGAAUGAGUGCCUAGGCCUUCUGGAAACUUCUGUCUGCAGAACUGGUGCUGUCACAAGAUUCUCCACAGGCCCAGGGGGUGGGAGUCACCUCACCUGAACAGUGGCGACACUGAGGCCCAGCCUGUGGGCUUUUGG